AUGCUUCGUUCAGUUUUUCUUAUUUUUUUAUUGCUUGCGGCUGUUCUAGGUGCACCUCAACCAUCAUCAAGAAUCCUAGGUGGCAGAAAUGUCUUUCUUGGAGAACUGCCAUAUCAAGUGUCAUUAAGAUAUUGGGGAACUCCUGAUCAUUUUGCAGGCGGAGUAUUAUUAAACACACGUUGGGUGCUUACAACAGCACAUGGAGUAUUUAUACAUCCAGGAAAUGGAAUUGACAUUAUAUUGGGAAUUAUUAGAGUUGAUACAGGUGAAAGUAUGCGAAGCUCAGAAAUUAGAGUUCAUCCACUUUUUGAUAAUAUAUUGCUGAUAAAUGACAUCGCAACAAUUCGAACUCAGCUAGUCAUUGAACUCUCAUCUUUUGUCUCGCCGAUUUCAAUGUCACCUUUCAUGGUCGGUGAUGGAAUUAUUGCUCAUGUUUCUGGAUGGGGCGCAUUAGACAAAAAUGCAACGCAGCAUAGUGUUUUCCUUCAAAAAGUCGAUGUUACUACUGGACCUUGUAUUGAUACAAAGAACAUGACUUUCUCAGCGAUAAAUCAUAUUUGUGCCGGAAAUUAUGAAGAAAAUCAAGAACCAAUAGUUGGAAUUUGUACAACAGAUGUCGGUGGACCACUUGUGUUGAAUAACAUGCUCAUUGGUAUUCCAUUCUAUCACGAUCCACGUGGAUGUGGAGUUGUUUUAGAUGGAUACAUGAGAAUUUUAUCUUAUAGAGGAUGGAUAAUGGCAAACAGUCCUGAGUGA